UCGGGCAGCGUUGGAUGUUUUCUUCAAUGCUCAAGCGCGCCGAACUCGCGUUGUGUGGAAAAGCGGUAUAGCUCUCUGGUUUUCGUCGUGUUGUUCCAACGUCUUACGUUUCUACGUUCCCCCAUUAUUCGCUCGAUCUGUCCGUCUUUUUCGGUUCGGCAUUACAAGUCCCCCCCCCCCAAAAAAAAAAACCACCUCCCUAAAACAAAAAAUUAACACGCGUGUUAUCAAAAAUGUUUACAAGAAACCUACAUAUGUUUAAUGAAUAAAACAAAACAGCAAAAUCGUUUAAAUUGCUCGAAAAAAAAGUGCUGACGAUUUUUAAUAUCACAUUCGGAAAAAGAGAAAAGAAGAAUUUUUAUUACGUUCCUUCGCUUUUUGGUCUGCCAUAAAUUCGAGAAAAUAAAAGAAAAAGGAGCCAGACAAAGCCAGGGAAUUAUGAAAUUUUAAAGAAAUCCCCAAAAACCCAAGACCCAAAGGCAACGAAAUAUGUUUAAUGCAUUAAAGUAAAGGAAACGUGUUUAAGGCGAGUGCAGGCAGCAGGCGAACAAAAAGUCGUACCAAUAUAUAUAUAUACACCUAUAUAUAUAUUUAAACAAGAUUUACAUUUAAAAUCAAGCAAUACAAACGUACGUAUAUUUAAACUGUGGCGGCAAAACCAGCAACAACAGCGAGCUAAAGCGUUCACAAAAAGGUGAUAAUGAUUAUUUCCAAGGAUCUUUUCAUAUUUGGCGAACAAAUUUUUGCAACAAUCAUACCAGAAGGUGGAGCCGCAGCUUUAGCAACACAGCAGCAACAUCAGCAGCAGCAGCAGCAACAGCAGCAGCAACAUCAGCAGCAGCAACAACAGCCGGCAAUUAUAAAUUCAACAGCAACAACGACGACGGCAACUUCGUUGGUAAUAAACUCGACAGCAGGAGCAGCUGAACAAGUUGUAGAGGAGUCAUUAAAAGUAGCAACAGCAACAGCAACAGCAGCAACACCAGCAGCAGCAGCAACACUACCAGCUAAACAGGAAACAGUUGAAGUUGCUCCUCGCAAGUUGGCAAAAAUUCAAAAAAUUCCAAAGGAACCCGAGGAACUGAAAGCCAAGAAAAAGGCAAAGUGUGAAGUAGCAGCAGUAAAAGCAGCAGCAGCACCGGCAACUCAUUACGAAAAAAUGCCAAUGAAUUUGAUGAUCGUGGAAAGUGUUGAGACAGUCGAUAUGGGAUCAUCGGACAAUGACAACGAGGCAACGGAGCAGGUACCGUUGGUGAGUGCCAGCCAUCGCAAUCUGGCCAAAAUAGUGGCCGAUUGUCGCCUCCAAAUCGAAGUGGAGCCCCCACCAGCAGCAGCAGCAGCAGCAGCAACAGUUGUCGCCGCCCCGCCAGCAACAUCGGAUGCUACGGCAGCAACAUCGGUGGCAGCCAGCGACUCUUCUGCAUCAUCAUCAUCAUCUUCGUCGUCGUCGUCAUCUUCCAGCUCCACAUCCUCAGAAUUUACGCACACAUCACAGACCACGAUACCAAGUACGGAUAAUCUAACGUCAUCCAAUGGCCUGGCCAAUAUGGGCAAAAGCAUUUUAGUUGAUGCCAAAAGUAACUCACCGGCAUCUUUAGCUUACCACUAUGACAAGUCUCCGGUCAUCCCGCAAAAGCAACAUCACAACAUAAACAUCUGCAACAGCCACCACCCACAUCACCACCCCCAGAAUCACACACAGCACAGUCUGCAGUUGACCUUUCAGAACCUCAAUGUCUUGCACAACGAGCGCCAAAUACUUUCCGAUGUGAGUGGAUUUGUCAGUCCCUGCGAGGUCCUGGCCAUCAUGGGUCCUUCGGGCAGUGGGAAGACCACUCUGCUGGACUGCCUCAGUGGCCAGAGGCAUAUAGAUGGCGGCAGUGUCUUCCUCAACCGUGAGCCCCUGUCCAAAAAGUGGCGCCGAAGGAUCGGCUAUGUCCUGCAGGAGGAGAUCUUCUUUCCCCAACUGACACUCCGCGAAACGGUGGUCUAUACGGCACUACUGCGUCUGCCGGAAUCGAUGCCGCGGGCGGAGAAGAUGCGCCAGGUGGACCAUAUUCUGGAGGCCCUGGAACUGGGGUGCUGUCAGCAGACCAAGUUCGGGGACUACCUCAACCGGGGACUUUCUGGUGGCGAGAAGAAAAGGGCGAAUAUUGCCUGCGAACUGCUUACCAAUCCUCUGCUCAUGCUCCUCGAUGAACCCACCUCCGGACUGGACAGUCACUCGGCCAUCUCCCUGAUGAAGGUCCUGAAGAGAUAUGCCCAGCUGGAGCAGAAGACCAUCGUGAUUAGUGUGCACCAGCCCUCGUCGCAGAUGUUCCACAUGUUCGACAAGCUGCUCCUGCUCCACCAGGGACGCACCGCCUACUUUGGGGACGUGCAGAAUAUCUACCGCCAUUUCGAGGACAUCGGGGUCACCAUCAAGCCGCACUACAAUCCCGCCGAUUUUGUGCUGGAACAACUGAAAUCACAUCCGGAUAUCCGCGAGAAGCUCUUCAUAGCCGCGAAGGAGUCGCACGGAAACUACCUGAACCGUAACUGCAUCACGAAUAGCCACAAUAACCAGGUCAGCGAUUCGGAAGCGAAAGGCAAGAAGCAGCCAGACAGCAUCCUCAUAGACGAUAUUAUAAACAACUACUAUAACCACCGAUCCAAACGGCACCACCAUCAGUACGAGAACCUGCACCACACGGGUAAUGGUUGCCAGGUGGAGGAGGAUGAGGAGGCGGCCCAGCACUUGGUCUGGUGUGCGGCUGACUCGCAGUCCAACUUCAGUUCCUGUGCCUCCAGCGAUUGCCAUUCCUAUAGUGCUGGCAGUGGGCCAGGUCAUUCGGGAGAUGACGACUGGCUGUCGUAUCCCACCAGCUUCCACACCCAGUUCUGCGUUCUCUCCAGCCGCAAUUUCAAGGAGGCCAAGCCGCGAAUGCUGUCCAAACUCAACUGGUUCCAGACCAUCGGACUGGCCCUGAUGGCCGGCGCCAUUUGGUUCCAGCUGCCGCGAACCGAGGAGUUUCUCCACGACCUUCAGGGAUGGAUGUUCUUUUCGCAGACCUACUGGAUGCUCUUCGCCCUCUUUGGGGCCCUCAAUUCAUUCCCCUCGGAGCGAGAGGUGGUGAGCAAGGAACGCCGCUCCGGGGCCUAUAGACUAUCCGCCUAUUAUCUGGCCAAAAUGUGUGCCGAGCUGCCCUUGGUCAUCACUCUGCCCACGGUCUACCUCAUGAUAAGCUAUCCCAUGCUGGGCUGCACUAGCUUAAAGCUCUUCUUCCUAAUGCUCAUCUUCCUGCUGAUCAACACGAUUGUGGCCCAGAGCGUGGGCUUCUUCAUCGGAGCCUGCUGCAUGGACAUGAAUGUGAGCAUCACCCUGAGCGCCCUGUACACGCUGGCCACCCAGCUAUUCGGGGGAUAUCUGUCCUCCCGCAUUCCGGAGGGCCUCAGCUGGAUCCGCUACACCUCCAUGAUCCACUAUGCCUACCAGAACAUGCAGAUUCUCGAGUUCCGAGAGGGUGCGGCUAUAGGCUGUGGAUCGCCCAGCAGCUACGAGAUCUGCAAACAGCAGUCAACCGAAUUCAUUCCAUACGAGGAAAUACUAAAAGCCCAAAACUCGACAUCACCGCUCUGGCUGAAUACGCUGAUCCUGAUGAUGUUCUUCCUGGUAUUCAGGUGCCUGGGAUACGCGGUGUUGCGCUUCCUGCGAUGCCCAAAAAAGACGUGAUAUCUAUCUAUCCAUCUAUAUCUAUGUAUAUCUAUCUGAGCAGACAUCGAACCAGUGAUACGUAAUUAGUUAAUGCUUACCAUUGCUAUACCUACAUAUACCGCUAAAAAACAGAACAAACUUGCUAAAUUGCGCCAAUUUUGUGAUUCAAUUUACUUUCAAGCCACACCAUUUAUGUUUAGCAAUUACUACGAGUAUAACUACAAUUAUCCUUACACCUACUAUUAUAGUUUAGAUGUGGUUUGCGGUAGGGCAGUGCGAAGGAACUGUUUAGUAAACGUUUAUCAUUGUUUUGUUUUAUGCAUUUUAAUUGUUAGCCGUUUAUGUUAUUAUUCGCUAUUUUGCCGCUGAAACACGAGAGAGAGAAUGAGUUAGAGGAAUGCCCCCAACUAUUUGUUUUAAUGUACGUUUUAAAAUACCCAAAAAAUAAUUACUGCUGUCUGCCCUAUUCCCGUACCAACCCGCACACACACAUAUGUUUAAAUUGAAAAACGCUAGUAAUUUUGUAGAAUAUUGCAAAUUUUUUUCGCUUGGGAAAAAACACUGUGAUUUAGUAUGCUAGUUUUUUAAUUAGUUUUAAAUGGACAGCAUCAGUGAAUUGUGCUUGUCCGAAAAAUUGUAAAGCCAAUUAGCAAAUUAAACAUGAAAAAGGAUCACCAUCAAAAUGUAUGAGCUUAUGGCAUUAUUUGUAUUUUGUUUAUA